UUGUUUACCGAUGUCAUAAUAUUGAUAAAUAAAAUAAUUUAUAUAAAACAUUGUAUAGUGUAAUAAAUGAAAUAAAUCCUAAAAGCCAUCUAGUUUGAAAGAAGUUUAUAAAUACGAGUAAUAUCUGUAGAUAUUAUCGUCCAUCAGCAUAAACUCAUGAAAUUCACGCUAUAAUUUUAAUGUUUAUUACAAAAGUACUUUAGUUUCAGAGUAUACAAAAGUAGUCUAUGAGCAGCAUAAUGGUUUCAGAAGUGUACACCUGUGAGCUGGACCCAGAGACAAGAACUACGUUGCAAAUGUAUCUCUUCAAAAAUGUUCGUAAUGUGGAAGUUAUAAGGAACAAUAUAGUGAAAGGUGUUUGGAACUGUGCAAUCAUAAAACCUAGCUUGAUACUGCACCCGCUGCAGGUCUCGGUAGCUGCGAACCGGGCUGCGGUGGCACAGAAGCACAAUACAAUGGUGACACGGACAGUGUUUGCUGAAAUACUGUACAAUUUAUCCCUGACAAAGAAUAUAACUCAGAGCCUUAGCAAAUUUGGCAUAGAGAAGGACAGCAAUCUACUUGUUUGCUUUUUAAUUACACCUGAUGGAGAUGAUUCUAAGGAAAUUAUACAACAGAUAGAGGGGGAGCUAUGUCCAAUUAGCAACUUGUCUCAAUACUCCAAUGAGAAAGAUAUUAAGGCUGUAUACAAACUGAACAAUGUGAAGGGUGAUUUAGAUUUAUUGGACGUUAUUGUAAGCAGAAUGGUCACUAAGAAUAUUGUCUCACAUUGAUAGUGUAUUGAAUUGUUAAAUUUUGAACAGGACUUAACGGAGUGAUCUAUCUACCUUUAAUUGAAGUGUAAAUGUUUAAUAAAAUAUAUGUCAGGCAGUGUAGUUUUAUUUUUUCAAUUUGUAAUAUGUACAAUUGGGUAAAUGUUAUAUAUACCACUACACCACCGAGGUUGUCAUAAAA